AUGCCGUGUCGAGCCGCCCAGGGGGGCCAAGUUAACGAGCAUCGAGCAAACUUUCUAUUUUUGGCUGCCUCGUCCUUCCCUUUCGCCCAAUACCCGCCCGAAACCGAAAAGCUACCACGUCUCUCUGUCUUGGUCAUCGUCUGCAAAAUCACCGCGCAACGAUUGUCCCCGCCACCUAUAAUACAGUGCGACUCAGAAGGUGUUUUGAAAAUGGGCUGCUGCUUCUCACGAUCUGGAGGGCCAAAUUCCCCUUUUCCCGGUGGCGUACCGAACGCGUCUGCUCGUCAUAUCAUCCAACCGCCUCUCUCCUUGCCAGAAAGUGAACAGGCGCACUUGCAUGCGUCACCUCAACGAAGCCGCCGAAGCCAACGGCCCUUGGAUGAACACAUUAACAAGCCUCUGCGACGACACAAAUGGGCGUCUGCGGACCGGCGAUGGACGAGGGAACAGCUUGAAAGUGAACGCAUAGCCUUCUUCGACACCCGUGUCACUGGACGACCUGAAAUAUGGCAGACAAUCCGGGCUGCCGUGAAUGUCAUGGGGAGUGGCGACUGGGGGGAACCUCGCCAGGAGCACUCGGAUAGUUUGGCGACAGCACAGUCCAUCCUGUCAGCUGCCGAGAUAUCUCUGCCGACGGGCGAUCUCUCAGACGGCGUCUAUGACUCCUUUGGCAACUAUUACCAGCUUCCACAAUGGGUCGUCUCUGAUCCAAUCAAUGUCGCGACGACAAACAGCGUCGACGAUGGUGAGGAAGGAUCUGUAUCCGGAGAUGACGGUACAGUAAACGACGAAGAAGAUGCCCGAAAAUCCUCAAACAGUAUGAAUGCGCAGGGGUUAGAAAAAGGAAAGGGUGUUUCAGAUGCUCGGGAUCAAGUAACUGUACGCGCACGGCUGAGUGAAACGGGUCGCGACUUUGACAUUAGUGCCUCCAGGUCGGAGAGCACUCGGAGUAUCAUCAAGAAGCUGGCUUCCCAAACAUCGCUGCCACCCGAGAAGAAGAUAAAGAUUGCCUACAUGGGAAAGAUUCUGAGAGAAAACCAGUCCCUGGAAGUCCAGGGCUGGCAGAUCGGCCAUGUUGUGAAUGCUCUCGUGUUCAAUAGAUAG